AUGUCUGGUGAGUUCAGGGACAGUUGCAACAUCCAGCAGCCAUGCCAAAAAAUGGUCUACAACACAGACACAACGACCUUGCCACAUGCUUACCAUGCCAUGCCUGUACAAACACUGAAUGAAUUAAGCCAGCUUCGGAAAUCCAACUUUGGUCGCCCAAAACCAAGACAUGGACUUCAGCUUCUGUUCUGGUUUGCUCAUGACUUCGUCAGAUCCCAAUCCAAUCAAAUGUCCGCUACAUCCCACCCAAGAUGGGGCGAAUUUGGUUUCCACCAGUUUUACAACAGGAUCGACGAUGAUGACACCAGCCCACUCCUUCCGCAUCAGAAUGUUAAUUAUUAUGAGGUUGGCAACCUAAAUGAGGGAACCGCUUCGCACCUUCCCAAGUACGUCAGAGAACAAUACACCGGCCGCCAGGACCACAGUAAUACCGACCGCAUUAUUAUAGCCAUUGACUCUGAUUGGUGUAUUCAUAGAGUGUAUGUAACUCAGCAUUCUGACCCCAUGAAUUUCUCACGCGAUCACACCUAUCGUAUCAGCCAAGGCCUUGUCAACAUUAUAAGUAGACUGAAUUUGACCGAAUUUCUGUCAGAGAUGGGUAAACGGGAGCUUAGAUAUGCACUGCAGUCAGAUUCUCGUAGUGACGUGCAUUACACAUCCCCAAUACACAGGCCUACUGAGAGCAGCGAUGAGUGUAUGCAUAUGUGUCUUUGUCUAUUUGUUUUCAUUGUUGCCAUUGUAGCUGUCAUGGUUAUAUUUUUUCCUUCUCUACGCAAGGCUAUUUAGGCCAUUAUUAAUGUUUUACCUUUAUUGAUGUUCCACACCAUCUUACUCUGUCUUACACACAAUACCAAAUAUAUUACUCAUACUAUCACACUCUGUCACACAGAUUAUCACAUUGCUGACACAUACAACCCCAUUUUGCACAUUAUUAAACCUUUUCUCUCUCACCAUCAACUAAUGGGUGUCAGAGAGAACAAUGGGCACAGUAAUGCCUAAACUGCCUUUCCUACAUUUUUGAUGUUGGUCUUUUGAUAUUUAGGACACAAAUAUUUGUAAGUCCCUUGAAGUUGUAUUUUUUGUAAGUGAUACAAUAAAAAAUACGUACAACUGA